UUUCCCAUAAACCUCUCUCACUCUCUCUAUCGUUCUCUUGAUAUGUCAGCUACUGGUAUAAAAAGGGCCAACCCAAACACUAGACCGGUUCAGAGAGAUGCUUCGGCCAAGCAAACAGCUAUCAAGGGACCUUAUGGUAAGAGUCCGGGAUGCACAACGAGCUGCGGAUUAAGGUUACCGAGGAAAACAGAAGUCACAGCAGCAAAAUUAAUCAAGCAUCUUGGAUGCAAAUUUGCAAAAGGUUUGCGUCUGGUGGUGAUGAGGAAGAAGAAAAGAUCUCCACCGUCGAAGGUUUCUUCUUUUUCGGGGAGAUCUCAGCCAUCAAUCAUCCCAAUAAACAAUGACAGUCAUCGAUCAGAGGCCAUAGAAGACUGCAUACAGUUCAUCAACUCAUCAUCCUCCUUCACCAGAUCAAACUCUACUUCUUAAAUGUUAUCACUCCCAAACCCUUUGUCUCGGUCGCUCGCUCGCUUAUUGUCUAUUUGCUUAUUCGUGAGAGUUGCAUGUAAUGUCUACAUAAAUCUAUUAUGUGACUUUUGCUGUUGUGUGUACUGUGUAGUAGUACGAGUAAAUGUCUUCCGUCUUCCUCAAUUUCUGUCUAUAAAUAUUAGAUUUUGAU